GGUUAGAUAAUGAGAUAAGCUGGUCUCUUUAUAAACUCCUCUUUACCAAGCCUGCUCAUAUCUCUAUUUCUUUGCACCAGAUACAUCACUUCACAACCAUCUAAUCUGUUACACAUUACUUUCUGCCUCUCUAGUACACUGAUUUUACACUCAGCAGCUCAUUACUAUCAAUCUUCAACUAGUAUUCAACUAAUAUAAGAGAAGUUCAGUAUCCUCCUGCCAGCUCUGCCUCCAACUCUCACACAUCCCAGAAGCACUCACUUCCAUCCAGAGUCUGAUGACACCUGUCGUGCACUCUGCUGACACAUCGCCAGCGCCUGGGCACUCCUUGUACUCCGGUGUUUCCUCCUGAGUGCCCAUUCCUGCUCAUUAGCAUGUAACACAGGUAGCUCAGACACAUCGCUCUGACCACUGCUCCUACCUGCUUACUCUUCUUCUGUCACACACACAGCUAGUAUGGCUGCUCCGGGGGACAUCGGCUCCUUCACUGUCUGGGACUACGUGGUGUUCGCCCUGAUGUUAGUUAUCUCUGCGGUCAUUGGCAUUUACUAUGCCUUCGCUGGCGGUGGACAGAAAACAUCGAAGGAGUUCCUGAUGGGUGGCCGCAGCAUGACGGCGGUGCCGGUGGCCCUAUCGCUCACUGCCAGCUUCAUGUCAGCAGUCACAGUGCUGGGCACCCCCGCAGAGGUCUACAGAUUUGGGGCCAUGUUCAGCAUAUUUGCCAUCACUUACGCUAUUGUGGUGGUUGUCUCAUCCGAGGUCUUCCUGCCGGUCUUCUACAGGCUGGGCAUCACCAGCACAUAUGAGUACCUUGAACUAAGAUUCAACAAACCUGUGCGGCUCAUUGGAACUAUCCUUUUCAUCAUACAAACGAUUCUAUAUACUGGAAUUGUUAUUUAUGCUCCAGCUCUGGCACUGAAUCAAGUUACUGGAUUUCAUUUGUGGGGUGCUGUUGUGGCCACCGGAGUAGUCUGUACAUUCUACUGCACAAUGGGAGGUCUUAAAGCGGUCGUGUGGACAGAUGUAUUCCAGGUUGGCAUCAUGGUUGCUGGAUUUAGUUCUGUGAUUAUACGAGCUGUGGUGGUACAAGGCGGAAUUGCCCCCAUCUUGAAUGACUCUUACUAUGGAGAUCGGCUGAAUUUUUGGGAUUUUGAUCCCAACCCACUCCGGCGACACACCUUUUGGACCAUUAUCAUUGGAGGAACCUUUACUUGGACUGGAAUCUAUGGUGUCAAUCAGUCACAAGUACAGCGAUAUAUUGCUUGCAAAACCAUAUUCCAAGCAAAAAUGUCUCUGUAUGUGAAUCUUUUAGGACUGUGGGCAAUUCUAGCCUGUGCAGUCCUAAGUGGAUUGGCUAUGUAUUCAAUAUAUAAGGACUGUGACCCUUGGUCUGCCAAAUUUAUAUCCGCCCCAGACCAGCUUAUGCCGUACCUGGCUCUUGACAUUUUGCGGGACUAUCCAGGACUUCCAGGACUAUUUGUGUCAUGUGCAUACAGUGGAACCUUAAGUACUGUAUCGUCCAGUAUUAAUGCUUUGGCUGCUGUUACUGUGGAAGACCUUAUAAAACCUUACUUCAAAUCGCUCAGUGAAACCAAGCUGUCAUGGAUUUCCAAAGGAACAAGUCUCCUGUACGGUGCUGUGUGUAUUGCCAUGGCUGGCUUGGCGUCCCUGAUGGGUGGCUUAUUACAGGCGGCUCUCUCCAUUUUUGGUAUGGUUGGAGGCCCAUUGCUGGGGCUUUUUACUCUAGGGAUCAUCUUUCCCUUUGCAAAUUCACUAGGUGCUUUGAUUGGUCUCUUGGUUGGAUUUACUGUAUCAUUAUGGGUUGGCAUUGGAUCUCAGAUUUACCCACCUCUUGCUAUAAGUUCUUUACCAAAAAUCCUGUCUACAGAAGGCUGCAAUCUCAGCAGUGCAGGAGCCAACUGGACUUUAACGACCGCUCUUCCCACCAUGACAUCCUUAGUGACAGACCUACAAGCCAGUGAAAGAUCUGAACUGGCUGACAACUGGUACUCAACGUCCUAUUUAUACUUCAGUGCCAUUGGUACCAUCAUUACUGUUGUUGUUGGAAUAAUAGCCAGUCUGUUAACUGGAGGUUUAAAACAAAACAUAAACCGGGAUUAUCUUUUAACGUCUCAAGACUUCUCCUAUCUUAAGCUUCCGUUUAUUUCCUGUUGUGCUAAAGAUAAUGAGAAAGUUGAAGUAUUGAAUAUCAGUCGUAAGGAUCCUGAUCUGAGUUCAGAACAAGGAACAGACAACCCGGCUUUUAGUAAUAUGGAAAUGUAUAGCACACACACAAAUGAGAAGAUGAAUGGGAUUCAUACCUAAUGUUUCACAGAGCUCUGAUGUAAAGUGUGUUUAAUACUGUAUGAACAAAAGGUAUCCGAAACUUACUGAUCGUCUAUAAUGGUUGUUAAGGGAACAAGUUUGGAAAAUCAACAUGGUGCACUUCUGGAUAUCCUAUGUCAAGUUACAAGUGCCCUCAUAAUAUGUAUAUAUGAAAUUAAUGGAAGAGAAAUUCACAGUGUAUUGACUUCAUGCAAGGAAAAUGUACAAAAAACUCAGGAGUCCCGAUGUCACUGUUGACAGAUUGUCUCAGGGAAGUUGCUUACAUAUAUAAGCAUAUGUAUAAUAUAUACAUAUAACCUCUGGACUGGACUUACGCUAUUGUAUAAUAAGAGGCAUAUUGCUAUUUUUGUUACCGUGGUUCUUCACCACAGGGUUUGUUUUAUUAAUAAAUAUUAGUCAGUC